AUGCUGCUGAAGCUCCUGCAGAGACAGACCUACACCUGCCUGUCCCACAGGUAUGGGCCCUGCCUCUGCCUCGGGGGCCUGGUCCUCGUCCUCGUCUCCGCGCUGCAGUUCGGAGAGGUUGUCCUGGAGUGGAGUCGAGACCAGUAUCAUGUUUUGUUUGAUUCUUAUAGAGACAACAUUGCUGGCAAAUCAUUUCAGAAUCGACUUUGUUUGCCCAUGCCAAUUGAUGUGGUGUACACCUGGGUGAAUGGUACAGAUGUUGAGCUGAUCAAAGAAUUGCAACAGGUUAGAGAACAGAUGGAGGAAGAACAGAAAAUAAUGAGGGAAAUGCUUGGGAAAAAUACAACAGAACCACCUAAGAAAAGUGAGAAGCACCUGGAGUGUUUACUGACACACUGCAUUAAAGUGCCAAUGCUUGUCCUAGACCCUGCUGUGCCUGCCAACAUCACUCUGAAGGACCUGCAAUCUGUUCAUCCUUCUUUACAAGCUGCUAACAAUAUAUUCUUUGUAGCAAAACCAAAAAAUCCGUCUACCAAUGUGACAGUAGUUGUUUUUGACAGUCCUAAGGAAGCUGAAGAUGCCCAUUCUGGAAUGUUAAAAGAAAGCAGCAAACAGACAGUAUGGAGAGGUUAUUUGACCACAGACAAAGAAGUACCCGGUUUAGUGUUAAUGCAAGAUUUGGCUUUCCUUAGUGGAUUUUCAGCUACAUUCAAAGAGACAAAUCAGCUAAGAGCAAAACUACCAGAGAACUUGGCCUCAAAAAUAAAACUGUUACAGCUUUAUUCCGAAGCCAGUGUUGCCCUCUUGCAACUGAAUAACCCCAAGGGUUUCCAAGAACUGAGCAAGCAAGCUAAGAAGAACAUGACUAUAGAUGGAAAAGAAUUGACACUUAAUCCUGCUUAUUUACUGUGGGAUCUCAGUGCCAUCAGUCAGUCUAAACAGGAUGAAGAUAUUUCAGCCAGCCGUUUUGAAGAUAAUGAAGAGCUGAGAUAUUCCCUCCGAUCAAUAGAGAGGCACGCCCCUUGGGUUCGACACAUUUUCAUCAUCACUAAUGGGCAGAUUCCAUCCUGGCUUAAUCUGGAUAACCCUCGGAUAACUAUAGUAACACAUCAGGACAUAUUUCAGAAUUUGAGUCACUUGCCUACCUUUAGUUCCCCAGCCAUUGAAAGUCACAUUCAUCGUAUUGCUGGCCUUUCCCAGAAGUUCAUUUACCUAAAUGAUGAUGUUAUGUUUGGGAAGGAUGUAUGGCCUGAUGAUUUUUACAGUCACUCUAAGGGUCAGAAGGUUUACUUGACUUGGCCCGUGCCAAACUGUGCUGAAGGAUGUCCUGGCUCAUGGAUUAAAGAUGGUUACUGCGAUAAGGCCUGUAAUAAUUCCGCAUGUGAUUGGGAUGGAGGGGAUUGCAUUGGGAACAGCGGAGGUAGUCGUUACGUUGCUGGUGGUGGUGGAGGUGGAGGAGCAGGGAAUGGCCCACCCUGGCAAUUUGGUGCUGGAAUCAGUGGAGUCUCUUAUUGUAACCAGGGCUGUGCCAAUUCCUGGCUCGCAGAUAAAUUCUGUGACCAGGCAUGCAAUGUCCUCUCGUGUGGAUUUGAUGCUGGUGACUGUGGGCAAGAUCACUUUGACGAGUUGUACAAGGUGACUCUCCAGCAGAAUCAAACCCAUUAUAUUAUUCCAAAAGGUGAAUACCUGCCCUAUUUCAGCUUUGCUGAAAUAGCCAAGAAGGGAAUUGAAGGUGCCUAUAGCGAUAAUCCAAUUAUACGUCAUGCUUCUGUUGCCAACAAGUGGAAGACUAUCCACCUGGUAAUGCAUAGUGGAAUGAAUGCAACUGUGAUCUAUUUUAAUCUUACAUUUCAAGAUAAAAAUGAUGAAGAGUUUAAAAUGCAGAUAGCUGUUGAGGUUGAUACCAGAGAGGAACUGAAAUUGAACACAACUUCCACCCAGAAAUCAGACACUUUCAUUAAAAUUACACCUUCAGUAUCAGAAGAUGAAAUGAUAUUUGAGGAUAUUCCUGAAGAAGAACGUUUUCCAAGAGUCAGGAAACGUCCAAAUAACACACAGGAGAGUUUUCUUGAAGAUGUGGUAAUGCCACCAGUAAAUGUGUCUUUCCUCCCUGAAGAUGUUCAGCUCGCUCUCUGGAACCUGGAUUUAAAGCUAGAAAAUGGUGAUAUCACUCAUAAAGGCUAUAAUCUAUCAAAGGCUGCUCUUCUGAGCUCUUUCCAAAUGUUAUCUACAAUGACAAAAACUAAGAAGAUGCCAGGCAUGGAAAGGAAAGAUAUCUAUGAUGAUGUAAAAGAACAAAAGAACCUUACCAGUUGGCACAAGCCUUAUAAAGAUUUAAUUGGUGGCAAAAUAGAAGCUGCAACAAAAAAACAUGAAGCAGUUCCUUCAAAGUCAGUAGCUAUAAAGAGUACUGUUGUGGCAAUGAAGGUGAACAGUCAGUUUCCUCUAAAAUCAAUUUCUGAAUCCAUGCCUGUAAUCCAGAACAUGGGAAAUAAAAAUGGAUCUCGAGAGAAAAUACUGAAUGCACUCAUACCAAAAGAAACCCAUAAGUCAAAAGAUAUUGGAAAUGUGGGGACUGAGGAAGAGAAAAAGGGGGAAAUGGAAAGAAAUAACCGGCAUGCCAACAUAGAUACAGCAGGCAGCAAAGUGUUGCCAGGAAGGAAACUGCAAUAUUACACUGGAAGUGAUCAAGGCUUUUUGCCGUGGGAAAAAAAUAAGUAUUUCCAAGAUCUUCUUGAUGAAGAAGAGGCAUUAAUUAAGCAGAUGUCCUACUUUACUGAUGGUAAACGAAUUGGCAGGCAGUUGAAAGAUACAUUUGCUGAUUCCCUCCGAUAUGUAAAUAAACUUCUAAACAGCAAAUUUGGAUUUACAUCUCGGAAAGUCCCUGCUCAUAUGCCUCACAUGAUUGACCGCAUUGUUAUGCAAGAACUACAAGAUAUGUUUCCUGAGGAAUUUGACAAGACCUCAUUUCACAAAGUGAGACACUCGGAAGAUAUGCAGUUUGCUUUUUCAUAUUUCUAUUACCUCAUGAGUGCAGUUCAGCCACUGAAUAUUUCCCAGGUUUUUGAUGAAGUUGAUACAGAUCAGUCAGGUAUUUUGUCUGACAGAGAGAUUCGCACAUUGGCUACAAGAAUACAUGAACUGCCCUUAAGUUUACAGGAUUUGACAAGUUUGGAGCAAAUGCUGAUAAAUUGCUCUAAAGCACUUCCUGCCAACAUCACUCAGAUUAAUGUCAUUCCUCCAACUCAGGAAGCUUAUUAUGAUCCCAAUCUGCCUCCAGUGACUAAAAAUCUAGUAACUAAUUGUAAACCUGUGACUGACAGAAUUCGUAAGGCAUACAAGGACAAAAACAAAUAUAGGUUUGAAAUCAUGGGAGAAGAAGAAAUUGCUUUCAAAAUGAUCCGCACCAACGUUUCUCAUGUAGUUGGCCAGCUAGAUGAUAUAAGAAAAAAUCCCAGAAAAUUUGUUUGCCUAAAUGACAACAUUGAUCACAAUCAUAAGGAUGCUCAGACAGUGAAAGCAGUGCUUAGGGAUUUUUAUGAAUCAAUGUUUCCCAUACCAUCUCAGUUUGAACUGCCAAGAGAGUAUCGGAACCGCUUCCUUCAUAUGCAUGAGCUUCAGGAAUGGAGAGCAUACAGAGACAAGCUCAAAUUUUGGACCCAUUGUGUUUUAGUGACAUUGAUUGUGUUUACGGUCAUCUCAUUUUUUGCUGAACAGCUAAUUGCACUUAAACGAAAACUUUUUCCGAGGAGGAGGAUCCAAAAGGAAGCCGGUCAUGAACGAAUCAAGGUUUAG